AUGAAUUCACAUUCCAUCCCGUAUGAUCUCAUGAUCGAGAUAUUCUCGAGACUGCCUAAAAAAUCAAUCGCUAGGUUUUAUUGCUUGUCGAAGCUAUGGUGUUCCACGUUUAACCGUCCAGAUUUCGCCGAGCUGUUCUUGACCAGAUCCUCUGCUCGCUCACGUCUCUUGUUUGCAGUCCAAGUCCAACAACAAGGCAACGUCCAACAUGACGAUAAAUGGAGCUUUUUACUCGUCGCCUCUUGUAGCAUCAGCAACAAAGCACCGUCCAACAAGGCACCGUUGUCGUCGUCGUCGUCUCUUGUAGCAGUCGCCGAUUUUCAUAGGGAGUUUCCUCCGACGAUAUAUCGUACUAGUAGGCGAUCAUAUUCAUGUGGCUAUGCUUCUGGUUUGGUCUAUUUCCAUGGUAUGCAUGUCCCAGGGAAGGGUUUAUCGCCUGUGAUAUGUAACCCUAAAACCGGACACUAUGCGACCUUACCUUAUCUGCCACGGUACAUAAAGGCAGAUAGCUUUUUUGGGUUUGAUCCGAUUGUGAUGUAG